UUGAGCACCCAGCUCUAGGUUCCCAAAAACAAGAUUUGGAAAAUCGCCCAAGCAUCUGCAUGAAAUUACAAUGAAGAUACCAUGCCCUAGCCCAAACUCCAUGAAGAUCAAAACCCUAAUCCAAUCUCACAUCUUCCCACCCUUCUACCACGUAGUAAGAGCAAUCACCAAAGCAAAGUCCAUGGUUGUACAUCUAGUCAACAAGACCAAGAACAGUUACAGCAAAAAGGAGAGAAGGAAGAAGAAAAACAGCCUCUACAGCUCCUUCAGAUUGCAUUACAACUGGUCUUCCUCUCACGUGAUACCAAUGCCAGAGCCCACGGCAUACUACGACUCCACGUGGGAUUCUUCGGUCUUCAUGGCCGAAGAGGCCGGCGAUAAUGAUGAGGGGAUCGAGCCACCGCUGUCGAGGUACCUGCACUGGCUCGAAGAGAAGCUUCCGGAGGAUUCAGAGGCCGACAUGGCAGUCGAGGAGAUCGACCGGCUCGCAGAUAUGUUCAUUGCAAGUUGUCAUGAGAAGUUCAGGUUGGAGAAGCAAGAGUCUUACAGGAGGUACCAGGAGAUGCUAGCAAGAAGCACGUGAGAAGUGCAACAGUUCACAUUGUUGGAUUUUUAGCUCUUUAUUUUCUUUUCUUUCUUUCUUUUUUUGUAAUUUUGGAGUGAAGAAAGAUUAGUUGUAUCAGGGUUGAACUCUCUCUCUCUCUCUCUCUCUCUCUGGUUUGGUGGGGUCGGAGAACUGUAUAAGUGUCAUGAAAUGAUGCCAAAAUGAAGGUUACAAGUGGGUUUGUUUGAGGUUCUAAAGCCCUUGCAUUUAAAUUUUUUAGAACUUUCAUCUUCUUGUUGUUGUCGCUUCUUUUGUUUGUUUUCAUAGUGGGGUAUGAAGAAGUGCA